UGGGAGGAGCUUUAAUCUCUCCUCUGAGUUCGCGAAUGGCUCAAUCAGGUAGUUUAAAAACCAAGCAGAUCGACACCAGCAGCAGCAGCAGCAGCAGGAGGAGGAGCAAAUAACGUCGUAGACCAAACAAGUCAUCCCCUUUGAGACUUUUUCUUCAUUGCAUCAAGCGUGUGGAUAUGCAUGGUGUUUGCCCUCCAUGCUGAGCACCAAAGUUUCCUGCGUGGGAAUGAUGAGCGCCGCCGUGGGAUUGGACCGCAGCAGGGUAGGGGAGAGGCUGCAGGCCGCCCUGGCCGGGUUGCAAGAGCUCCAUCUGCUUCGGGACAGACAGGGUGACAUGGUGAGCUGGGCCCUCAGAGUCAACCGGGAAGAGCCGGUCACACGCCCGCGCGCCGGUCCGGAGGACGCGAGGAUGAUUGGGGCGGAGGAGCAGCGGUUGGAGGCCACCCUAACAGCUCUCAAGCAACAGCUAUCUCGUCUUCGGAAACAGGAUGUGGGACUGAAGACUCACCUGCAGCAGCUUGACCAACAAAUUAGUGAUCUGAAGCUGGAUGUAAGCAAGGCAUCCACUGAGCAACUGGAGAGUGACAGCAGGCCGAGUUCAGGUUUCUAUGAUCUCAGUGAUGGAGGCUCUUGCUCCUUGUCAAACUCCUGCACAUCUGUGUACAGCGAAUGUCUGUCAUCUUCCCAGACAAGUCUUCUCCUCCCUCCCACAAGCCCGGCUAAUUCUCAAGUUGCCCCUGCAUUACACGCUGAUGUAUACCGUCGUUGUUCCACUGAUGAAGGUGCAACCCACCCAAAUCCUACCCGGGCAACAGGCCUUCACCUGGGAAGCAGUAGGAUCAGAGCCAGUUCUACUGUCACUGAACUUGGACGGCCAAGACCUGUGUCAACAGGUGACCUGGACAGAAUGAUGAUUCUUGGGCUGAACUAUAAACCAGUGGAUGCUAAGAAACCACCAAUGUGCUCAAAUCCUAAAAUGCCCACAAUGGAGCCUAAAUUCCAGAGCAAUCUGCUGUCCCACAGUGGAUUUGAAUUGUAUCACCACCCAAGCUCGUUGCAUGCCGUCGCCCUCCAAAGUCCAAUCUUUUUCAAUAGUGGGGAGUCAGCCAUACCUGAAUUUAUAGAUGGCGAAAAGCCCCCAGUGAGUGAUUCUGACGUGCUCAAUGAUGGUACUGAGAUUGACUGUGAUAGCAAGACUUUAGGUUACAUUGACAAACUUCUCCAGCGCAGCUACAACAAAACCCACAUUGAAAUGGCACCUGAGGCUACGCAGAUACAAAGCAACUAUCAGAGGAAACCACCUGAAGUCGUCACUGUGUUUCCUCAGAAACCAGUAUCUUUAUCUCAGCCUCCCCCAACUCAAGCCACAAAUAUCAUACCACUAGAUAACAAACAGAGGAGACACUGCAUGACACAUUCCUGUCCUGAAACAACUGAUAACACGGAUCACCACCACGGUGUGAGACCUCAGGAGGUUUCAUAUGGGUUUUCAUAUCCUGCUGUCGUGAGGGAGUACAGCUCUGAUGAGGUCACGUCUUCAACACUGAGGAAGAAGAACAAAAUACAUGUUGGUUUUGUGUCAAGGGGCCACACAGAAAAGGUGUCUGGAGACUCCCUACCAACAAGGCAAAUAGAGAAGAAGGGCCAUAUUCAAAGACCAGUCAUGUCACGCGGUUCAAGCGCUGAUGACGUUCAUGUCUUUGAGGUGCAAAAUGGCCACACUGGCUCCCCCCAGUUUGUCCAUGCCAAAUUUGUCCCCGGUGGAACUCAGAGGGUCAAGGUGAGACAAUUUGAUCGUAAAACCAAAGCAGUUAAACUCAGACGAAGGAGCAGUGAGAAGCCUCGAGCAUUGAGACAGCAGCACAGCUACUCAUCUGGUGAACCAACUCGAGAAUCCAGCGGGUCCAAGGGCGAACCAAGAAGACCAGGAAAAGGGAAGGUGAUCCAGAAAAAUUCCUGUUGUCCAAGUGAGGAGCGGAAACACGGUUCAGGCUCAGAUUCGAGCCAUUGUGGCCCCACAAUAAUCUACACCCACAAGGUCCAAAAAAAGCCACACCCUGCUCCAGCUGCUACCAAAUUCAGCAAAAGCCGCAGAUUCCAAUGUGGGGAGUACGAAAAUCUUGCAGAUCAGAGGAAGAAGAGGCAAGGAGCUGCCAGAUUGGUAUCAGAUGGGGAGAGGUUCCCAGCCUUGUGUGCUCAACAACAGAUCUCCAAAGACUUCUACGGACAAGCACCAGGGAGUAUGCAUUUAGACCGCAGUAUGAGCACCAAGGCAGGACACUGGAUAGGACCUCAUUGUCCCUCCAUAUCAUCUAACUCGUUCAAUGCAAAACUCAAUGCCAGAUACCCCCCAGCACCCUACCACAUUUCCAGACUUUAUCCCCCUCAAUGUGAGUCUGAGUACUCAGCUGAGUGCAUGUCAAUUUUUCAUUCCACCAUUGCCACAAGCAGCGAUGGGGAGACGAGCGAUAACACCACCAAUCGCUUUGGUGAUAGUGAGUCUAGCCAGAGUUUCCAAUCCUUCUCCGAUUCUGACAGCAGCCUGUCCAUGGAGGAGGGGAACCAUCAGGAUAGCCUUGAGGAGGAGGGGGACCUGGUAUGGGCCGAAGCUUCUCUGGGGCCCACUGCAGCCGGAAAGACCCUCCAGCAACUCCCACGACCAGAGGCAUCAGCUUGCCGCAUCAAAGCUUCACGAGCCCUGAAGAAGAAGAUUCGCCGCUUCCAGCCUGCCUCGCUGAAGGUUAUGACCCUUGUUUAGAAGAGUUAUCUCGGGCAAAAUAUUUGUCACUGGGGAAAACGAAAAACUGAACCGUGAGAAUCUUAGAGCUAUUUUGAAAAAAUCCGACUUCUUGCAGUACCCUUCCUUUUUCUCUGCACGCACUGAUUGUUUUUCAUGAUCAUUGUUAAAACCAAAAUAUUGUUUGUUUGUUGUUUUUACUAUAAAAGCAUACUUGUAUCACGACUAUACUUACACUUAUUUGUAAAUUGAUCUUAUUCUAAUUCAUUUCUAAGUGCAUCUCAUAUUAGUCAUGUUGAAGAUUUCAUUAUAAGGUAGUAAAAAUAUGCGUAUUUGCAAAUAAAUCCAACAUUAUUUCUGCA